CCCCACAAUGAGCUUAUUCAUCAGUAUCAAGUGGUUUAAGAGUUAAGACGAACCAGAUCAACAGUGUAGUGGUGCCUUGCAUCGGUGGUGCACGUCUGCUGCCACUCUCGCCUCGCUCAAGGCCUGCACUUGACGGACUGUGCUCGCCUCAACAUCUAAACAAACACACAGUAGUACAAGUUGAUUGUUUAGUACAGCUUCUACAACAUCCACACGGAAGUUAAUAAAUAAGAGGAAGAAGUGAACAUUUGUGGUCAUAGAAAAAAAAAAUAGUACCAGAGGGAGUGUUUGAAAAUAUAGAACCUGAUAUUGUGAUUGAGUUAAGCCCGGGACGAGAGAGACAGGAGCCACUUGUCACUGAUCACGCUAACCUUACACCACUUGCCGAGAUCCACACAUUCCUCAGCCAUCAACUACGUAGUAACGCUGACACGCGCCGCACUGACACCUCCCUGUGAUACUAUACGCGUGGCUAACGUGAAAUGAUAACCACUAACAUGAGACAGACACAAAGACAUGAGCCUUCAGUACAGAUAGAGAAAGAAAGAUAAAAACAAGGAAGGAGAGAGAGAGAGAGAGAGAGAGAGAGAGAGAGAGAGAGAGAGAGAGAGAGAGAGAGAGAGAGAAGCCUUACAACGAAGUGAGGGCAAGACAAAGGGCACCAUGAGUAAAGACAAAGUGAAUGACAGAGCGGCGAGUUGUUUGACGAAGUAAAGAAAACGGAGGGAGGAUCGCCAGGACAAUGGAGCAGCUGGAGGUGAUGCCCGUGAGUUCGCGAGUGGUAUGUCUGAACGCGCCGCACCUCAAGUCCCUGUGCGUGUUCGAGGCGCUCUCCCGCACCCUGGGCUGCUACUACAACCACCACCGCCCUCAGAUUGUGUCCUGCCAGGGCAAGGUGCGGCUGCCCGUGCCUCGCAUCACCCGCAUCCGAGGCCACACCACCCACACCCACACCCCCGGCGAGGCCCCCUGCCUGCACACCCUCCUACAGAUGGGGACAUACCUUGUGUUCCACCUGCCUGACUGGACACAAGUGCAACAGUGCCACCUGGUUCUGAAUGGGAUUGAAAAGGUUCCCAGAACUGAUGUUCCACCAAACAUUAUCCUGGAGCGCAUUGAGAGCACCACCACCUCCAGGCUGCUCACCACAGAGGGUGAAACACAAACAAAGCUCAGCUCAACAGAUCCUACCACAAACCCGUCCAUCAACAAGUCCCACACCAAACACACCACUCUGUCCUCAGUGUCUGAAAGAGUCUCCUGUGCCAUCAGGAGUCUGGGUCUGGAACACAGACACACCCAUGAAAACAACAAGAACACUUCCAGUAAGACAAAACAAACAGACCCUCAAGGGAAGAGUAGGGACCCAUCAGGUGAAGGCCAGCAGCACCAGGGACCAGCAAGGACGUGCCUGACCCUCAACAUGAUGGACACAGAGGAGGUGACCACACUGCUGGACGACGACGAGGAUGACUACAGCUCAGACACAUCGGAUGACCUCCACAAGGUGGUGCGGCGGCGGCUCCUGGUGGACAUCACAGCUGUGCUGAAGCCUCCUCCCCCUGACAAGGUUCUCACUCUCCUCCUGAGGCCAGCAGAGGAGACCCAAGCCUGGCAAUUCCUUUCAUCUUGCAUCAAGGUGACACAGAUUGGCAGCAAGGGCCUGGCAGAGAAUGGUUCUGGUACCAUGAAGAAGACCCUCACAAGAACCAAGCCACUCUACUUCUCAAAGAAUGGCAAUGCACACAGAUUCUAAGUCAACACAACCCUGCGUCAUGAAACUUGUUCCUUCAGAAGUAUUUAUCAAUGUACCUGACAGAUAAUUAUGAAGUAUAUAUUAUGAUAACCA